AUGAAUUACAACAUUCAUCCCGUAACAUACUUAAAUGCUGAUAGCAAUACCGGUGCAAGUGAGAGUACUGCAAGUCACCAUGGUUCCAAGAAAUCACCUUCCUCAGAUAUUGAUGUAGAUAAUGCUACGUCACCUUCAUCUUUUACUUCGUCCCAAUCACCUCACAUUAAUGCUAUGGGUAACAGUCCCCAUUCCUCAUUCACUUCUCAAUCUGCAGCCAAUUCUCCUAUCACUGAUGCCAAACAACAUUUGGUUAAACCAACCACCACCAAGCCAGCAGCUUUUGCUCCUAGUGCUAAUCAAUCUAACACCACAGCUCUGCAAUCUUAUACCCAACCAGCACAACAAUUACCAACUCAGUUACACCCAAGUCUUAACCAAGCCUACAACAACCAACCAUCUUAUUAUUUACACCAACCAACUUAUGGCUACCAACAACAACAACAACAACAACAACAACACCAAGAGUUUAACCAACCAUCACAGCAAUACCACGACCAUCACGGAUACUACUCAAACAACAACAUUUUGAAUCAGAAUCAACCAGCUCCACAACAAAAUCCAGUCAAGCCAUUCAAAAAGACAUACAAGAAAAUCAGAGACGAAGAUUUGAAAGGUCCUUUCAAGUGUUUGUGGAGCAACUGUAACAUUAUUUUCGAGACUCCAGAAAUUUUGUACGAUCAUUUGUGUGACGACCAUGUUGGUAGAAAGUCUUCGAACAAUUUGUCAUUGACUUGUCUUUGGGAAAAUUGUGGCACAACUACAGUUAAGAGAGAUCACAUUACUUCUCACUUGAGAGUCCAUGUCCCAUUGAAGCCUUUCCAUUGUGACUUGUGUCCCAAAUCGUUCAAGAGACCUCAAGAUUUGAAGAAACAUUCCAAGACUCACGCUGAAGACCAUCCAAAGAAGUUAAAAAAGGCACAAAGAGAGUUGAUGAAACAACAACAAAAAGAGGCCAAGCAACAACAGAAAUUGGCCAACAAGCGAGCAAACUCGAUGAAUGCAACUACCGCAUCCGAUUUGCAAUUGAACUACUAUUCCGGUAACCCUGCUGAUGGAUUGAACUACGACGACACCUCCAGAAAAAGAAGAUACGAAAACAAUUCUCAACACAACAUGUAUGUGGUUAAUAGUAUUUUGAACGAUUUCAACUUCCAACAAAUGGCACAAGCUCCACAGCAACCAGGCGUUGUUGGAACCGCAGGUUCUGCUGAGUUCACCACCAAGAGGAUGAAAGCCGGCACUGAGUAUAACAUUGAUGUGUUUAACAAGUUGAAUCAUUUGGACGACCACUUGCACCACCACCACCCUCAACAGCAACACCCACAACAACAAUAUGGCGGUAACAUCUAUGAAGCUGAAAAAUUCUUCAACUCCUUAUCGAAUUCCAUCGACAUGCAAUAUCAAAACAUGUCAACCCAAUAUCAACAACAACAUGCUGGUUCUACUUUUGCUCAACAGAAACCAACUCAACAAGCAAGUGGCCAAUUGUAUCCUUCUUUACCAACCAUUGGCAAUGGCUCAUACACCACCAGUGGAUCAUCACACAAAGAAGGGUUGGUUAAUAACCAUAAUGGAUACUUGCCAUCUUAUCCUCAAAUCAACCGUUCUUUGCCAUAUUCUUCUGGUGUGGCACAACAACCACCAAGUGCAUUAGAGUUUGGCGGUGUUUCAACCUACCAGAAAUCUGCACAAUCAUAUGAAGAAGACAGCAGCGACAGUUCAGAGGAAGACGAUUACAGCACUUCUUCAGAAGACGAGCUUGACACCUUGUUUGAUAAAUUAAACAUCGAUGACAAUAAAGUUGAAGAAGUGACGAUUGAUGGGUUCAAUUUGAAGGAUGUUGCCAAGCACAGAGAAAUGAUCCAUGCUGUUCUUGGCUAUUUGAGAAACCAAAUCGAACAACAAGAAAAGGAAAAGAGCAAAGAACAAAAGGAGGUUGACGUUAAUGAAACUAAAUUAUAUCCAACUAUAACUGCUUUCUAA